UUUAUAAUUAAUUAGUGCAAAUAUUGAGAGUAUCUGUUUUUCAAAUUCUAGUAAAACUUCAUUAUAUAUCUUCAUUUUAACUUACAUAAUAUCCAAGAAAACUGAUAAAAAAAUUACCGUUAAGCACCAAUGACUACGCAUAUUUUGCAAAAUGGAAAUUAUAACGAUAAUUUGAAAAAGAGAAAAAUUAUAAGAAACCUGUGUAUUAUUGCUACAUUGGAAUCCUUAAGUUAUGGCCUUAUGUACCGUUUCAUAACUGCCCAUAUUUCCCAAAGGAUGGGAGCUAAUCAAAUUCACGUGGGUAUACUGCAAAUUGGGCUAUGUUUAGGUGAUCUUAUUUCGCCAGAAGUCACAAACACCUUGACUCUGAACUACAGCAGAAGAAAGCGGCUUCUUUUUAUACUUAGUGUUACAUUAUUAACGAUUUUGAUGAUAGGCACACCGUUGACUCCAACAAAUUAUUGGUUUGUAAUACUGACUCGUAUAUUUUUUAGCUUAAUUAACCAAACUCAAGCAAGCUUAGUUGAUUUACUAUCCAAAGAACUUGAUAGUAAUAGCUACGAAAAAUUAUUAAUUAAAUAUAAUAUUUUAAGCAAGUUUGGUCUAAUUGCUGGACCUAUUUGUGCUGGAUACUUAUAUGGCAUCGAUGAAGGAUUUGAGAAAAUAUGUAGCCUAUCCGCUGUGCUUACCUUUAUAAAUAUUGUAAUUUUGACAAAAACUCCAAUACAGGAAAUAAGCCACGAACAAAUUACUGCAGAUGUAAACCCAUCAAUAGUAAGAAAAACUAAACAAGUUUUAAUGGAAAAUAUAAAAGAUUUCGAGCAAUCUGACUUAGGAACGAAUUGGGAUCUUUUGCUAAUUCGUUACCUUUUUGUCGGAAGUUUUUGGGUCUUUAUGGCAAAAGUGCGUAAGAUCAUGGUACAUCACUAUAACAUUAAAGAUCCAGUUUCGGCAGGUUUUACUGUGGCUUUUAUUACAUUCUUAGACUUUAUAUUUGGUUAUUAUACUUCCAAAAGUCACGCUGUAAGUUUCAAGGUGUUUCCCUCUGACUCUAUUGCAGACUUAAUGUUAUUUCUAGCAACUGUUUUAAUGGCUUUAACUAUAUGGAUGCCAACUUUCCAGCUUUUUUUGCUUCUUACUGUACCAGUGAUAUUCAUUCGUCAUGAAAUAAACUAUAUAUGGCCUACAGUGUUUUGUACACGUAAAAAUGUCUCUCUAUAUAAUUUAAAUACCACCACAGGCCAGCUUGCUUUAUUAACGGUUCCUUUGAUUUUUGGCGUUAGUUAUGAAACGUUCGGCCCUGCUGUAUUAAUUAUUUUUACUUGUGUUCCUCUGAUUUUUUCUUGGAUCAUAGCCAGAUUAUAUACUAGAUAUCUUAGAGCUAAAAGAGAUUAACUGAAGCAUGAAUAAAAUCAUCUAUAGUGUUUUAUAAUGUAAUAUAGUAUAUAUUUAAAAAUUGUCAAAUAAAAAAAGUUGUAAAAGAAAAGAAUAAUAAAAUUGUACCAGUAAACACUU